AUGUCCCUUGCAUUUGCCUUGCACGUGGACCGCAAAGCUACCGCAGCACAGUUGCUGCCGCUUCAGCUCCUUCCCCUGUUCCAACGUCCCACUCAGGUCAUCCGAGGUCAUGAUGCACAAGCUGCAAGUGUUGUGCUGGUGGUGUGCGUGGCGGUGGGCCCCAGCCUGGCCCAGAUCACCUUCUCGCGCUCGUGGGUGCCGCAGGGGAAGCGCUCGGGGGUCGCAGAGGCUUUGAUGGCCCCUGAGGAACUUGCUCACAUGGGGGAGAGCUGCCACGGCGCCUACGUGGAUGCCCUCAACCAGGUCGCCUCUCUGGUCAAUGACUUGACCAGGACUGCCCAUGAAGCCAUCACUGUCGAUGCACGUGUCCUGAGCCCAAAGCCCAACAUCCUUCCCAGCUUUAAGCAACGCCGAUCAUCUGUCGCCCAAGCAUUCAAAGAAAGAUUACCAUAUAAAAUUCGCGAGUCCACUGAUAACACAUCAUGGUUGUGUCAUGGUUCUCAACGCCUCUAA